AAAGUAUUAAAGAUAAUUUUGUGUUGGCCAUUGAAGAAGAAUUUGUUGAAGAUAACAAGUUACUUGAUCUUGCUGAUAACAGUAUUGUUGCAGUGAUACCACCACUGAGUGGAGGCUAAUUAAACAUGGAAAAUAAAGGAAAAAAUUCAGUAAAAAUCCAAGAUGACGUUUUGUCUGUUGAUGAAAUUACAAAAAUUGUCAUGGCACCAUCAUGUGGAGCAGUGUCUUCAUUCAUUGGAACAACCAGAGACACAUUUAACUCCCAAGAGGUUAUGAAAUUGUCAUACGAAGCCUAUCAAGACAUGGCACUGAAAAAAAUGAAUGUAAUAUGCAAUGAGAUACGUGAAAAAUGGAAUGUAUUUAAUAUUGCAAUUCAUCAUAGAAUUGGUGAUGUACCAGUUGGUGAAAUAAGUGUUGUCAUUGCAGUAUCAUCAGUGCACAGAAAUGAAUCAUUAAAAGCUGUUGAAUAUGCCAUUGAUAGACUCAAACAAACAGUGCCUAUUUGGAAAAAAGAAAUUUAUAAAAAUCAACAGGCUGAAUGGAAAGAAAAUAAAGAAUAUGAUAAAAUGAGUCUUGAUGACGAUGAUAAUGUUUUAUUAAAAAAUAAUAAUGAUUAUUAUGAAAUUAAUGAGAAAUUUAUUCAAGUUAAAUCAACGAGUGAAGAAGUUAAAAUGAGAAUUGAUAAAUUUACAUCCAGGAAACGUGAAGAAAUUAAUAAUAUUAAUAUCAAAGAAUUUCGAAUUGAUGGUGAUGUACAAGAUGAAGAAACUUGUGCAAGAACUCAUGCUGUUUUUGUUCGACGAAAAGAUUCGAAAAGUCAUCUACGAGUUACUAAGGUGGAAAAUAAAAGAGGCCCUCAAACUAUGAGAGUGCCUGAUAGUUGUUCAAAGCUAAAUGACAAUAUUAAUUCUGGUAUUGAUGAACGACUUGGUAAUUGUGAAAAAUUUAUUGGAAUUAAUAAACCAGUACCUCGUGAUAUUUACCAACGAUUAAAAAAUAUUGAAGAUCAAAUUUUUUAUCUCGAAGGAAUUUCUCCAGAGUACAGAAAUUUUCUGACAAAUAAUGAUGAUUCUGAUACAGAUUAUAAACCAGUCAAGAAAAAGAUUUAUUCAACAAACGAACUAGAUAAAAAAUUAAUUGAAUUGCAAAAUUUAAAAUUACUUAAAAAAUUAGAUAACUAAUAACCAAUGAUUAAUUAGAAUAAAAAAUUUACAAAUUUUAAUUGAUAAUUUAAGCAAUUUAUAAUAAAAAAAAAAGAAAAUAUUUUUAAAUAAUAAUAAUAGUUUGAAUUGAUUAUUCAAAUAACGUAAUUUUUUAUAACUUUAUUAUUAAAAACAAUUAUUAUUUUAUAAUUUCAAUUUUUAACAAUAAUUUUAUAAAAUAAAAGAAAAAAAUUUACAUUAAAAUUUUUUUUUAUUAUUAAUAAA